CUCGACUCUACCACAACUAAUUCAACCUAAACUCAAGCAAAUCCGAGACAUUAUUCCCUAACCACAAGACCACCACCAUCAUCACUCUUCUCCUUCCCCUCCACACAGUCUGGGAACAGGUCAGACGCCUUCUCCGCAUUCACCAUUAUCCUUACUACCUCGGAGCCACGACGUCGAACCUUUUUCUCGAACCCGCUUCACUCCGGGGUUGAAAAGUAUUAGGGACGAGAGAACCACAAAGUAUUCAACGGGAUCCAACCGGUUUCACCACGCAGAGCGUAAAUUCCCCCGGAAGCAUUACGAGCCAGGAUACCCAGGGAACUUUGAUUUGCAAGCGACUGUUGGGUUUGACGCCCGGCGAGACUGCGACACCACGAGCCUGGGCCCGUCCUCCCGGCAUUUUACGCAGAAUCAUUGAUAAGAAGCGGAGUGGGGUCUGAACAGCUCACCUCACCGAACAUUCCUACAACAUGUCCUUUAUCGAAUACGUGGAAUAUUUCCUGGCCAUUUACGUCGCGAUCACCCUGAUGCUCUUUGUGCUGUCCCUCGGACCGUUGCCAAAAUGCGGCUUCUACGCGCGCCUCCUCGCCUCAUAUCUCUCGCUGAUCGGCUGCGCGACGUACGGCGUCGUGGCUUCCAUAGUCCUCCGGCUGGUCGGAUACGGUCGUGUGAGCCAAUGGGCGACUGCGCGCUCGUUUAAAUGGGUCAUGAGAUAUACCACUGGUGUGGAGUUUGUAGUGGAUCGAAAGGAGAACCUCCAGACUCGUCCGGCUGUCUUUAUUGGAAACCAUCAGACUGAACUCGACGUGCUCAUGCUCGGCGAAAUCUUCCCUCCAUACUGCAGCGUUACGGCCAAGAAGAGUCUCAAGGCCAUUCCCUUUCUCGGAUGGUUCAUGGCACUCAGUGGAACCGUAUUCAUCGACCGCGCGAACCGACAAACUGCCCUGGCGGCAUUUGAAAGUGCGGCUGCAGAAAUUCGAAGAGAAAAGCAAAGCGUCUUCAUUUUCCCCGAAGGCACUCGCUCCUACUCGACCAAGCCGGACUUGUUGCCGUUUAAAAAGGGCGCCUUCCAUCUCGCUGUCAAGGCGCAGGUGCCCAUUGUCCCCAUUGUCGUCGCAAACUACUCCAACGUGCUGAAUGUCAAGGAGCGGAAAUUUACCUCGGGCCAGAUUCCUGUCAAGGUCCUCGACCCUAUCCCCACUACGAACCUCACAUCCGAAGACGUCGACGACCUGACCACGCGCACUCGCGAAAUCAUGCUCAAGGAACUCAUCCAGCUGAACCAGACUGCCACUUCGGCAUCCCCCUUUGCCGCCGACGCUGCCCGACACGAUCUCGACGCUAGCAAGAUGGCCACUGGCGCUUCUGCCCCCAUCUCUGUCUCUCCCGCUGUUGCUUCAAAAGCAUCAGGCAUUGACCGCGUCGCUGCCAAUGGCCACGGUCAUGGUCACGGCCAUUCCAUCAAAGCGAAUGGAAACGGCGCUUUAUAAGCCUUUUUUUUUUCUCCUCAUCCUCCCCAUCUCCCUCCCCUUUUUCUUUUCCUUUUUUUCCCCUCACAG